AUGCUUGCCACAACUGCCGUUGUGGGAACGAAAAGUGAAGCUUUGUUGGAGGCCGGCGAAGCUGAGUCGCCUUAUGCAACCAUCCUGGAGGAUGUGGCUGGAAUUAACUUCAGGGCCUUGGUGGACCAAUGGAAUAAAAAUGGACUCAUGGGUAAAUAUCGUUUCCAUCCUGUUCUAUUGACUGUAAUUAAUAGAUAAUCUAUGAUUUAAUGGGCACAGAUUGAAGCAACCGCAGGAUGGUCUUAAAAUAGACACACCGCCUCAGGAGGUGGUGAGUUAGAGCGUCCUUGUUCGAGAGGAAUCUGGAUAAUUUUCCCUUGAGACUUUUGUAAUUUACAUUCAGGGGCCCUUAAGAACUAUUUCAAUAAUAACUGCCAAUGUGUUUGCUUCGAUCUACUCAAGAGCUAAGCACUGACGCAUUCAACAACAGCGUACAGAAACUGGGACUGUCCUUUUGUCAUUCAACCGCAAUCCAGUUAGCCAGCUCAGCAUGAUUAGAAUCACUGGGUGGGAGGGGGGAGUCUUGUAGGAAUAGCAUUUUAACAACACUGAGGGAAGAAAUCACACAUGCGGGACAAUGUUUGCAUUUAGAGACUGAUAUUGACGCCGUCUCAAAUAGAAUCCCGGCGGGUGUUCUGAGUUGA